AGUAAGCAUACUGUCAACCUUCAUAGCGCCCUUCAAGUAUCUGAGUCCUGGCGCAACCACCAUGGAGGACGAAGACAAUUUAAGUACCAGCAGUGCAGAAGUAAAGGAAAAUCGAAACAUUGGCAACUUGGAGGAUCAUCCAAUAUCCUCUAAUGAGAGGGCAAGAGGAGGAACACCUAGCAGUAAGAGAAAAAGACCCUUAGAGGAGGGCAAUAAUGGCCAUUUCUGCAAACUCCAGCUCAUCUGGAAGAAAGUCUCGUGGUCAGUGACACCAAAGAACGCUCUGGUUCAGCUACAUGAACUUAAACCAGGUUUACAAUAUAAAAUGGUUUCCCAGACAGGUCCAGUACAUGCUCCAGUCUUUGCUGUUGCUGUGGAAGUAAAUGGACUUACAUUUGAAGGCACAGGACCCACGAAAAAGAAAGCCAAAAUGCGUGCUGCAGAGCUAGCUCUGAAGUCGUUCGUUCAGUUCCCCAACGCCUGCCAAGCUCACUUUGCUAUGGGAAACUGCAUCAACCCGUCCACGGACUUUACUUCUGAUCAGGCAGACUUUCCAGAUACUCUGUUCAAGGAGUUCGAACCAUCUACACACAGUGAGGACUUUUCAGUCUAUAACCCUGUUAAUAACGAAUUGCUUUCCACUGCUUAUCGACAUGGGCGCUUACUCUGCCAUACACUGGACUUAAUGGGCCAUGGUAAGCAAAACAAGCACAAGAUGGCAUCCAAAGCGGAGAGCGAGAAGAACCCGGUGGUGCUGCUAAAUGAGCUGCGGUCAGGCCUGCGGUACGUCUGCCUGUCAGAGACAGUGGAGAAGCAGCACAUCAAGAGUUUUGUGAUGGCGGUGCGAGUGGACGGGAGAACAUUUGAAGGCUCAGGACGUAGCAAGAAGCUGGCCAAGGGUCAAGCAGCGCAGGCAGCCCUGCAGGCCCUCUUUAACAUUCGGCUGCCCAGCCACAUUCCCAGCAGGAGUAAAUGUCACCAUUUGCCACAGGAUUUUGCGGACUCCGUAUACCAAAUGGUUGCACAGAAGUUCCAGGAGCUGACAGAUAAUUUCACUUCCAUGCAUGCACGCCACAAAACUCUUGCAGGCAUUGUUAUGACCAAAGGUUUGGACAUCAGGCAAGCUCAGGUUAUUGUGCUGUCAUCGGGUACCAAAUGUAUAAAUGGGGAAUAUAUUAAUGACCAAGGGCUUGCGGUCAACGACUGCCAUGCAGAAAUUGUGGCAAGAAGGGCAUUUGUUCACUUCCUCUACUCACAGCUGGAGCUACACUUAAGGUAACUGAAUUCUGUUGAAGACUGGGAGCGAUCAAUCUUCGUGCGAUUAAAAGAGGGAGGCUACAGGCUGCGGGAGAACAUCCUGUUCCAUCUGUACGUGAGCACUUCACCCUGCGGAGAUGCGCGCCUCAACUCCCCCUACGAAAUCACAACCGACUUGAACAGCAGCAAGCACAUAGUGAGAAAAUACCGUGGGCACCUCCGAACAAAGAUUGAGUCUGGAGAAGGAACCAUACCCGUCCGGUGUCAUAACGCAGCUCAGACGUGGGACGGCGUGUUGCUGGGAGAGCAGCUCAUCACCAUGUCCUGUACAGACAAAAUCGCCAGAUGGAACAUCCUUGGGCUCCAAGGUGCUCUCCUCAGCUCCUUCAUCGAACCCAUGUACUUGCACAGCAUCAUUGUGGGAAGCCUCUAUCACACUGGUCACCUUUCCCGGGUAAUGAGCCAUAGAAUAGAAGACAUUGGUCAGCUGCCAGCUUCAUACCGGCGCAAUCAGCUGCUUCUCAGUGGGGUUAGUCACGCUGAUGCUCGGCAGCCCGGAAAAUCUCCCGGCUUCAGUGUGAACUGGAUUGUGGGGAGCACCGACCUGGAGGUUAUCAAUGCCACGACGGGGAAGAGGACCUGUGGGAGUCCCUCACGGCUCUGCAAGCACAUGUUCUUCACUCGGUGGGCAAAGCUUCAUGGCAAGGUAUGCACUGACAGGACACUGCCGCCAGCCCUAGACAUGCCAUCAGUGUACAGCGAGGCAAAGCUGGUGGCUCAGACGUACCAGUCUGUCAAGCAGCAGCUGUUUAAAGCGUUUCAGAAAGCCGGUCUGGGCACCUGGGUGAAGAAACCCCCAGAGCAAGAUCAGUUCCUACUAACUAUAUAA